ACAAACACAGAAAUGUGUCAAAUUUGAACAUUUUCUAAGCAUGUGUUUACAUCGGCAAACGACGUAUCGGCAACGAAGAAGGACGCCAAAAUAAAAAUUACACUUGCCAACAGUUGUUUUCACGAUGAAUCAAAACGAAAAGUUAACGUUUGCAGAAUUCCAUCAGAAACUCUUAAAGUAUUGCUCGAACGGUGCACGUUAUUCGGCGCAAGAGAACGAUAUUCUUUCCCGCUUUGAAAAACUUAUUGUGCAAAGAGAUGCAUGCCUAGCUCAGUUGAUUAUAAGGAGAGAGGCCGAAAUGGUGUGCUCGGAGGACAUCAGCGAUACAGAGCACCAGCUUGCGGAACUCGUGGAACGUUUGGAAAGCAUUGAAAAGAAGUGCAAGCUUCUUACCCUAGAGCAGCAGUUGAAUGAUGCUGAAGAACGACCAGAUAAGCAAUUGCCUCAGCAGGAAGUCUUAGAACCGACUGUGGAUAGCGCCUCUAAUGAGUUGAACGAACAGUAAGCUAAAUUCUUUGGGUUUUUUUAUACAUAUACAUACUCAUAAUACUUUCAUGUUUGUUUAAUUUUAGGACCCUCAACAGAUUUCUGCGCAAGUUUUGCAAUAUCUAUGCUCAAUUUAACAGUUGCGUUGAUAUAAUUCGUGCUUUCUCUUUAGCGGAUAAUCAAUUUUUUGAGUUUAACUUAAAGGAUAAGAAUGUGUCUGAGUUGAGAGAACAAAUUUGGUCUAGUUUCGCCUCCUCCAGUGUACAUUUGGACUCUUGGGAAAAUAUGUUGUAAUUUUAAGCUUGGACUUCGCUCUAGGGACACAAUACUAACUAUCAUAACUUGUUUUUAUGUGGCACUACAUCUUCAAGAGGACUGUCAUGUCUAUUUUUCCUUGAUUUCCUUUGUUUACCCGUGGCAGCAUAGUCUGACCUGCGUGCAGAGCUGUGGUCUGGAUUGGAUUAGGUAAGAGUCCAAUCGUGUAGGAUCUGUACCGCUAGCACUUACUACUUAUCAUACUUAUAAAAUUACAAUAAGGAGCAGAAAAAGGAAAAAAGUAAGCACACACAAGAACAGCAAUUAAAGGAAGAAGAUGCAAUGUUACAUUAUCAUUACUAAUUGGAGUCAAGAAGUUUUACAGAAACAGAUUUACCUUGUUGAUGAUCGUGAAUGCAGCUGAAAUUCUAAUUUUGUAGCCUUUAAUCAAGAGUCCACAAAAUCAUAGAUUCAUAGAAACUAUUUUUAAAUUGAGCCAAGAUUUUACCACGAAGAAAGUAUAUUGAAUAACUUUUUUUAAUGAAACAGUGAAACAGUUUUAUCACAAUUCGACUCACUGAGCAAGAGUUCUGAUAUAGUAUGGGGCGCUAUUUUAAAUUGAGAUAAACUAGACUAAUUCAAUUGUAAAUCUAUGCUUAGAAAUAAAUAUUUCUUAAAAUUACUUUCAAAUCAGAA